CUUCCUGCAAAUAUGAAUAUGGGAAUCAAUCAAAAUCAAGCUAGCGUCCAAUUGCUGAGAAAUCAAUUGAUUAAACAGCAAAUGGCCACAGCUGCUGCUGCUGCUGCUGCUGCUGCAAAUCGUGGUGUACCCAACCAUGUUCCUCAGGGUAUUAAUGGUGUUCGUCCUGCAGGUCUUAAUCCAAACAGUUUGUUACUUUCAAAUAUCAAUAUUGGAAAUGGCAAUUCACCAAAUAUGGCAAUGAAUGUCAAUAACAAUAACAACAAUAGCAAUCCAAACGGUGUUAUUGGACUUGGGAUUGCGGGAGCAAAUCCAAUCGGUGAGAUUAAUUUGUCACCACAAGAAAUAUUAGAAUUCCAGCAAAAGAUUAUGCAGGCCAAGCACCAACAGGCACAGCAUGCACAGCAUGCGCAACAGGCACAGCAAACACAACAUGCGCAACAAGCACAACAGCACAACAAUCAGCAUUCACAAGGGAUGUAAACUGACUCUCUAUUGAAUCUUUUAUACGUAUACAUACUAUAUAUAAGGAUGUAUCGAGUUCAUUUGCUUUUAUUUUCUUUUGUAGUAGAUCUGUUAUCAUCUCAUUCUUUUUUUCCUUUUAUCUCUCGCUCUCUCAUUUAUAUACAUUUCUUUAUUAUCCUUAUUAUCAUUCUCUGUAUCAUAGUCUUCAAAAAUGAUUAAAUCAGACAUUAGCGUGUACACC